AUGGAUUCAGUUUUUUCUCUAAUUGGACCCUAUAUUGACUGGGAUUUCAAAACCUUCUUGCUCUUCACUAUAGUUUUCUUCAUCACAGCUGAUAUUGUCAGGUACCGUCGGCCGGUUGGCUUCCCUCCAGGGCCUUGGGCUCCUCCAAUCGUGGGCAACAUGUUCACUGUUGACUUCACCAGGACUCAUGAAGUUUUCACGCAGUUAGCAGAAAAGUAUGGAGACGUGUACAGCCUAAGGAUUGGCAAGAGGUGGUUGGUUGUACUAAACAGGUCUGAGGUUCUGAAAGAAGCUCUAGUAACACAGGGAGACAGCGUGGUGGACCGACCACAGCUUCCUUUGAUGCAAGACAUAACAUCUGGACUAGGUGUGAUUUUCAGUAGUGGACUCAACUGGAGGCAGCAGAGGCGAUUUGUACUUUCAACCCUCAGACAUUUUGGAAUUGGCAAGAAUUCACUUGAACCUGUCAUCCUGGAUGAAUUUACACAUUGUGCAGAAGUGUUCAGAAGCUUUAAAGGUCAGCCAUUCGAUCCUCAUCUCGUCACGAACGCCGUCUCCAACAUCAUCUGCUCCCUGGUUUUUGGUCAUCGCUUUGAGUACAGUGAUGAGAAGUUCCAGAAACUGUUUGGAAUGCUUGAUGAUGCCUUCCAGAUUCAAGCCUCCAUUUGGGCACAGAAAACAAGAGAGUCCAACCCGUCUUUCUCUCCAGGAGUUUGGUUGCAGAACCUUUGCUGUGAGUGGAGUGCUUUAACUAUCAUUUUCCUUUUUUCAGGUAAGCGGCUCUGUCUCGGGGAGAAUCUGGCCAGGAUGGAGCUCUUCCUCUUCUUCACCUCCUUCAUGCAACACUUCACCUUCUCCAUGCCUGCUGGGGUGAAGCCAUCAAUGGACUACAGCUUUGGUGUCACUCUGUCACCAAAGGAAUAUAAAAUAUGUGCAGUCUCACGUCAGGAGUCGUAUAUUUUUUAAAAAGUUAUAUUUUUUCUGUGU